AUGUUUAGAUUUAUUCCCGAAUUAAAAACUCUUGGAAUUGGAGAGACCCCAAUUUCUGUAAUUCCUACAAAUGCUUUUGUACAUACUCCAAAUUUGAUGCGGUUGGAAAUGUCUGAAGCAGCUGUGGACACAAUAGAGCCUGGAGCAUUUCAAAGAACUCCAAUAAUUCAAGCAAUUGUAUUAAACAAAAAUAGAUUGACCAGAAUUCGUAGUGACAUGUUCCAAGGCCUUCAGGAAUUGUAUUCAUUGGAUUUACAAGGAAAUAGAUUAGAACAAGUUGAGAAUAAAGCUUUUGCUAAUUUACCAGCGCUUAGACAUUUGGAUAUUAGUUAUAAUCUUCUUCAAACUUUACCUAUGGAUACUUUUGAGGGAACUUUUGAACCUACAAGUGAUGAUAGACGUGUAAUUUAUGCUUGCGAAAAUCCUUGGCUUUGUGAUUCCAAAUUAGAAUGGUUUAGGCAAAUGUUACGCGACAAUUUGGAUAUUGAUAUAGAUAAACCAGGAUGUGUAGCUGCUUGUGGACCCAGUCCAACUAAUUGCCCUCCAGAAGGAACUCCUCUCAGGGCAUUAGAUUUUUGCCCAUCACAAGAAGGGACCGUCGAGCCUAUGCCUCUUGUCGGAACAGCACUUUCGCUUGUUGGAUGGAUUAUUUUAGUAACCAUAAUGACUGUGCUUGUAAUCUCCAUCUGUUUAAUGGCUUUAAUUCGUUAUGGAAUGAGCCAUAGAAGAAAGAAAAUUAAAGAUGCAGAAAUUGAAGAUGAACAAAGAAUAAUGUCUUCGGCAUCUGCGGCCGCUUCCGCCUACCACGGUUCUACUCUGCCUAGAAAUACAUAUCAUCCUUCUACUGUUUAUGGUUCUCCAGCUGGCAUAGAUUUAGAUUUACCUCCAGCGCAUAAUUUGGAAGAACGACACCAUCAUUAUUUUCUUUAA